AGCACCAUGAAUGCCUAAAACAGAACCCCUUAUUUAUUUGAUUGAGGAACUAAAAUCAAUCCUUGCUCAGCUAGUUUAACCUGCAAACAUAAACUAUAUAUAAGAAGAAAGAAUCAUUCCUUUCAUUUCAGAAAUCUCUCCAAUUCCAAAAUCAUAUCAUUAAAAAUGGGUCUUUCAAGCCUUCCAGCUCCUUCAGAAGGAGUACUCUGUGUAAUCCUUGUUAACACAGCUCUAUCAAUCUCAAUUUUCAAAGGCAUUAUUCGAUCAAUCCUUCACAUAGUUGGUAUUAAUACAUCAUCAUCGUCGCCGCAGUCCGAUUCCAUUGAAAAUCCAUCAGAACCAUUUGAUUUAUGUCUUACACAAUCAGGCACAUUCGUGGAAGAAUUCAGGAGCCGGAUUCCAACAGUUCAAUUCGGUUCAGUUUGUAAGUCUAAACAGUAUGACCAUGAUUGCUUGGUAUGCCUUAACCAGUUUGAACCCGAAUCAGAAAUAAACCGCUUGUCUUGUGGUCAUGUUUAUCACAAGGUCUGUUUGGAGAAAUGGUUAGAUUACUGGAACAUCACUUGUCCUCUAUGCAGAACCCCGCUGAUGCCUCCAGACGAGACUACUUCAUGCCUUUGGUAGAGUUCAUGAACAUAAUUUCGACUCAUUCGAUGGAGGUAUUUACUCCAAUACCACUCAUUAUCAUUGAGAAGUAGUGUACAGUUAUAUUUGUGUUAGUAAUAGUACUAGUAGUAACAGUGGUAAUGCUGUACAGGGAAGGUAUUGUAUCCAGUACUUAGUAUGUACGUAAGGUUACACGUAAAUAGGGUGUAGUUUAUACUUAUGUUGUAUCGAACCUAGCAUUUUGAUAUCAAUCUUUUCAUGUACAGACAUGUUGUUUUCUUUUGCUUCAUGACGAAAGCCUUUUAAAUUCUAUUUAUGAGCUUCAGUUUUGAUUUA